AUGGAUGUAGUUUUGGGUAUGGACUGGUUGAAAUCCAACUAUGUUCAUAUUAAUUGCUACAACAACACUGUGAGGUUUUCUUCUGCCGAAGAAGAGGGAAGAACAGAAUUGUUAUCCAAUAAACAAUUGAAGGAGUUCAUAGAAGAAGACACGUUGGUGUUCUUGUUGAUGGCAAGCUUGUCUGUGGAGAGUCAGGCUGUAAUUGCGGACUUGCCGAUGGUGUGCAAUUUCCCUGAAGUUUUUCCGGAUGAGAUUCCUAGUGCACCGCCAAAAAGAGAAGUUGAGUUCACUAUUGACCUUGUACCUGGUAUUAGACCCAUCUUUAUGGCGCCGUAUAGGAUGUCAGCAUCAGAGUUGGCUGAACUGAAGAGGCAGCUAGAGGAUUUGCUUGAAAGGAAGUUUGUGAGACCUAGUGUAUCACCUUGGGGAGCUCCAGUUUUGCUGGUGAAAAAAAAAAAGACGGAAGCAUGCGACUUUGUAUUGAUUAUAGACAAUUGA